GUUCGAAUGGUAAUGUCCAGUCAGUUCUUCGUCGACCGUUAGUGAGGACGCACGAGCUCAUUCAAAAUGAGGCGGCAACCGUAAUUCGAAAUUUGAAACGAUGGAACUUAAUUUUAAUUGUUUUUUUCUCGUACUCGUGAGUUUUGUGACUGGCCAGUCGCCGUGCCCUGGUGUUUUUGAUUAUCAGAAUGAUGGUGGUAUUGUGAUUGGUGUGAUAAGGAUUAAAUCCAAUGCUCCAGUGUCUUCGAUUACGACGAGGGUGAAUUUUACUGUGGCGGCCCGAUUGUCUUCUAACUACGUGGGACGCCUGGAGCCACUGGGAGGCAGCCAGAUCCUCCUCCAGUUCAACCGGGGAGCUCCGCUGACGUACAAGGUGCACUUCCCCGUGACGUCUCCCCUGCCCAAACUCACCUCGCUGGUCGUCAAUGACAACUUGCUGUGCUAUGGACCUGCAGACGUGCCCGCCCCCAACCAAUACGUCAGCACGAUCAGCCUGCAGAGCAUGCUGUUCCUGCGGCAAAGCCCAGGGUCAGUCAACGGGAUCUUCGACCAGUUCCCGCAGGAUAGCCCCAAGCCCAACCCCCUUUAUGAGUUCGUGGGGCCAGGUGGCGAGAACACACAGAUCUUCACCUUUGACAUUGAUGAUAGACAGGAAUACUAUCCAAACUUCGUUGUAAACAACACGCGGCCACAAUUCGAAGCACCAGCUCGUCCGCCAGAACCGUUCAAUGACCAAGUUUCUUUCAAUCAGCCUCAAGAUUCUUUCAACCAGCCUCAAAGGCCGUUCAAUCAGCCUCAACAGCCAUUAACCCUCAACGUCCACAGUUCGAAACUCCCCAAAAGCAACCCGCGCCGCGGCCCACUAGACCUACACCACCUCAGACCGAUUUCAACGUGUACUUCCCUGAGAUUAUGCAGGCAACCAGGCCACAGACCGCCAACUCCACCACCUACUUUCCCCUCCACGCCACCCCGACUGCCAACAAAUCCAGUAUCAACCCAAGAGGAGUGCGGAGUCGUUGCUGGUGGCAACGAGCGGUUGCCUCUCAUCUUCAACGGUCAGAGCUACUCCCGCGGUGACUGGCCGUGGCUCGUCGCCUUGUACAAGAGGAAGGAUGGCAGCUUGACUUUCAUCUGCUCUGGAACCCUGAUUUCUGAUCGACAUGUUGUUACGGCUGCCCACUGCAUGCGACAGAAGAAUACGCACACUCACAUCAGAGACAUCGUAGUCAAAGUGGGCGUGUACAACCUGGAGGACUGGGGUGACGACAUCACCGUCACGAGGACCCUGGAGUCGGCCCACAUACACGAGUCCUAUAACGCGUCCACUCUUGCAAAUGAUAUCCUCGUAUUUACAUUUGAGAAGACGGUGCAGUUCAACAUAAAUAUCAGACCAGCAUGUUUGUGGAGCGGCAAUACUGAUCUUAGUAGGAUCGUGGGAGCUUCAGGAGUUGUGGCGGGCUGGGGCACGCACGAGUUGGGUCCGGCCGGACACGGCGAGCCGCGCAUGGUGCGCGUGCCGGUGGUGAGCACCGCCACGUGCCGCGCCAGCAGGCCAGACUUCCACAAGCUCACCUCCGCUAACACCCUCUGCGCGGGUGACAGGAAUGGAGCAGGGCCUUGUCUAGGGGACUCCGGCGGCGGGUUGUACAUAUUAGACAAUGGAAGAUGGCGGCUUCGCGGCGUCGUGUCUCUGUCACUCCGACCAGAAAACGGAGACAACACAUGUAACCUCAACGAAUACAUAGUGUUCACAGACGCAGCACAAUACAUUAGGUGGAUCAAAAAUAUAAUGUUGACGAGUUAACACACAGUCAAUGUAAUGUAUAGGAAAUAGACUGAUAAAUUCAAACCAUGCCCGUUAUUUUCAAAAAUAUACCUUACUGUGUGAAGUGAUUAGAAUUAUUUAUUUUGCGUCAAUUAUUUUUAUUUUCAGUUUCGGCAUCUAGGAAUUACUACUACAUCUAACUACUUUGUUAAAUUGUUAGUUAGUUAAUAGGUAUUUUCAGUUCGGAGUAAUGGGUACCUAUCUAGGUACAUCGAUAAUUAUGUAAGUUAAUUUAUAAGUAAAUAAUUAAACUUUUUAUUUCCGAUUA